AUGACUAAGCCCCGUCGGUCAGAGCGUCUUAGUCAGCAUGUACAACAAGUUAUCAUAGCACGCGCAGUCGACGGGACCCCAGCCCAGAACGAGCUAUCGGGCUGUGUCACCCCUAACGAAGUCUACCUACAUGCCCCUAAGAAUGAGACGCGAGACACUUCGUACGAUGUUGGCGUCAACGCACCGCUCCAUGACCCGGUUUUGGACACGAUCUACGCCUACCCAUACGGAUUCGGUCCUGCGGCAAUGUCUGGAUUUCCGCCGUACGAUCUCAGCGACCGAGAUGUCGAAUUUCGAGACAAAAGCUAUAGAGCGUGA